GAAAGCCGUGUGUUUUGGAAUGUGUUGACUUCGUACUUCUACCACUGUGCCUUCAAGAAACAUACUAGUGAAUAAUGAGCUUCAGUGAGUGCAGGGAAUUAAUAACAGAAGGAGAUACUGUUAUUUUGUACAUCAAUGUUUCACAGAUCUAUGCUCUGGAGGUAACACCAAAAGUGUCCAAUAAGCAUGGUCAACUGGUUGACAAUGUCUUCCAAACUAAAUAUGGCUCUCUGAAGGUUACCGAUCUAAUUGGUAAAAAGUUUGGAUCCAAAGUGAGCUUGUCAAAGGGAUGGGCACAUGUACUGUACCCAACACCAGAAUUAUGGACUAUCACUUUGCCUCAUCGUACACAGAUUCUCUACACCCCAGACAUAUCCAUGGUUUUAACACAGCUGGAAGUUGGCCCCGGCUCAGUCGUAUGUGAAGCUGGUACAGGGAGUGGAUCACUGUCUCAUGCUUUGUUAAGAGCUGUUGGUCCAACAGGAAAAUUGCAUACUUGUGACUUUCACAAAGAAAGAGUUCAGGUUGCUCUUGAAGAGUUUACUCGUCAUGGAUUUGGUGAUCGUGUGACAGUGACACAUCGAGAUGUUUGUGUCCAAGGCUUGGGCAUUGAAGGAGAAGCAGAUGCGGUCUUUCUAGAUCUACCUAAACCAUGGGAAGCAAUUCCUCAUGGUGUGAGAGCAAUCAAAAAUGCUGGUGGCAGGAUAUGUUCAUUCUCUCCAUGUAUAGAACAAGUGAGCAGAACAUGUGAACUUAUGAAAUCAAUAGGACUAAGAGAAAUAACAACUUUAGAAUGUUUAGCUCGAGAAUUCCAAGUUAAAACUAUUUCACUCCCUGUUAUCUCUAGAACAAAAAAGAAAAUUGAAGUCCAAGAUCCUGAUGUUGCUCAGGAUGAACCAGAGGUCAUAAAGAAACAAAAGAUUGAUAAUGAUAAUGAAGAGGAAGAAGCUUCAGAUGCCAGUGACAAAUUUGAAAAUAAUCAUGAAGAAAUACCAACAGAAAAAGAGAACAAUCAGGCCAAAAUUGAAUCAGUACAGAAAAUGAAUGAUAUCAAAUUCCGCACUGGUGUUACACAACUGAAGAUGCCAGGACACACUGGGUUCCUUACAUUUGCAACUGUUCCACCUGAUUUAAAAAGACCUGAAAUCAUUAACAACCCUUGUGAUUCUGCUGAGUAAGAACAGCUAUUAAAGUUUUUUUUUUCUUUAAAA